AUUGGCUAACUGUAGCCAGACGGAGGAGCUGACAGCUAAAACAAAAGCAAACCAUGUAACAGUUAACGUGUUAUUUAGCUGUCGAAGAUUAAACAGCAAUAUUUUCAGUCCGCUAUCGCUGACGAAAUUAUUGUUUUGAAGUCUGCAGGGAGAACGUUGCUGUGUUUUUGUCACAAACAUCUGGAAUGGGUUCAGAGUCCUGCUGGCCGAGAUGGACAAUAAGGAGGCAGAUGAGGGGGAUAAAUUAAAGAGCAGAUUAAUGUCUGCAUGGCACAAUGUGAGAUACAGCUGGGUUCUCAAAUCAAAGACUCAUUUCAGCCGAAAUUCUCCUGUCUUCCUUCUGGGAAAAUGCUACCACUUUAAGUCUGACGACACCGAGGACCCACUAGCAAGCUGCAGUGCUGUGGAAACAGAAAGCAAUCAUGUUUCCGGAAAUGUGGAGGCCUUUCGCAGGGACUUCGCAUCCCGUAUAUGGCUAACGUACCGAGAAGAUUUCCCAGUCCUGCAAGGCUCCUCCUUCACCUCAGACUGUGGUUGGGGUUGUACCCUGCGGGCUGGCCAAAUGAUGUUGGCCCAGGCCCUAAUCCUUCACUUCCUGGGCCGAGACUGGACCUGGGCAGAGGCCUUGAGGCUUCAGACUUUGGACACAGAAACAUGGACGAGUAAUGCUGCCAGGAAGCUGGUAGCAUCUCUGGAGUCCCCAGUCCCAGGAGAAAGGAACAGCCACCCAGGUGCCCGACUUGCCACGUGGCCACGGGGAAAGCCAGGAGGGUCCAUUGUUCCUCCUGGGGAAGCGCACCAUCGGCGAGUGGUCUCUUGGUUUGGAGACAUCCCCUCUGCCCAGCUGGGUGUGCACAAGCUGGUGGAGCAUGGGCGAUCAUCAGGGAAGCAGGCCGGGGACUGGUAUGGUCCUGCAGUAGUCGCCCACAUCCUGAGAAAAGCUGUUGAGGAGGCAACAGACCCUGAAUUGCGAGGCAUAACCGUUUACGUUGCUCAAGACUGCACAGUUUACAGCGGUGAUGUCAUUGAUAGCCAUGGGGAACAGCCAUUGAGCUCCACCACCGCAGGCCACAGAGACCGCCGAGCUGUUGUAAUUCUUAUCCCCAUCAGGCUGGGUGGGGAGAAAACCAAUGCUGAGUAUUUUGACUUCGUCAAGGGCAUUUUAAGUCUCGAAUACUGCCUGGGUAUCGUAGGGGGGAAGCCCAAACAGGCCUACUACUUUGUCGGAUUUCAAGAUGACAGCUUGAUUUACAUGGACCCUCAUUACUGUCAGUCUUUUGUGGAUGUCAGCAUAAGCGAUUUCCCACUAGAGACUUUCCAUUGCCCUUCACCAAAGAAGAUGCCUUUUAACAAAAUGGAUCCAAGCUGCACUAUUGGGUUUUACUCUCAAAGUGUGAAGGACUAUGAGCAGAUUAGUGAAGAACUGUCAAAGGUGUUGCGUCCGUCAGCAAAAGAGAAAUACCCUGCUUUCACCUUCAUGAAAGGUCACGGCCGAGACUACGACCUUUCUGCUCCUCCAGCCCAGGAGCGCAAAGAGUGGCCCUUUCUGGGGGAGUCCAGAAGAGUUGGAGCUACCGCGGGAGACUUUGUGUUGCUGUAAGGUUACAAACAUCCAACACUAAACCAGAGAACCAUGUACUUCAUUGGAUUGUUUUGCUCCAAAAUAAGAAACCUCUCAGAAACGUCUUGCCUCUGCGGGUACUUGUGACAGGAAUGGAUUUCUGACCAAGCCACACUGAAGGAGGUGAUCAGUUACUGUUUCUGUUUGUUUUGUCUGAGGAAACACGCACCAUAAAGACACUUGUUACUAGUGACUUAAUUUGUGUAAAUGGGAGAGAAAUACAGUAACACAGCUGACCUCAACAGCGCAGGGAAUAAAGCAGUGUGUCUAUUCUCUGUGCAAUGGGAGGGUGGGAUGCCUUUGCGAAACAAAGGAAUAGCACUUAACCAAACAAAAUUGUUUUGGUUUCCGAAUGAAGGAAAAUUGUAACAUAGGCCAUUCACUGUGAUCUUUUCACAAAUAACACUGUUUAGAAGUGCGAAAUACAUAAAUUUCCAACUGUUUAGCCAAGUAGCAAAAACAAGUUUGCAGUUAGUCUUCCCAAAAAAGAUUGUUAAGUAGGCAAGAUAUCCUAUUUACCCUGAUAAAUUUAGUUUUACUUUGAAAUCAGUAAACUUAUUUCAUGUGAGUUAAUCAGC